GUUGGAUCAGGAUCUAUGCGAAGGGGACUACACCUUUCUUGAUCAUGUUCACCUCCAAAAAUAGUCAGCGUUGGCCCGCUUUUGAAACUCCACGACUGGAUUAAGGGUUGAACUAGUACAAUAUAGCGAAAUCCCUAAUCAAAGUUAAUACUUGUAUUUUCAUAUCUGUUUUCUUAUAUCAUCCCUUGGUACGUAUAUUCCAUCGAUGGAUUAAUCGUAACUUCUACAAAAUAUGGAACACGACAAUUCCAACUUCUUUUUUAUGAAUUUCUUAAAGUUAACUUUUACAAAUUUAAAAACAGAAAAGAAUAUGGAAAGAAAACUAAAAGAAAAUAUCCAAAAGAAUUAAUAAAAGACAAAAGGGUCAGUAGAAAAUGACGUGAGUGGUUCCUUACCACACCUAAAUGAAAAUAUCAUAAAUUUAUAAGAGAUUAAAAGACAAUAUAAUUAUUUAAAAAAAAAACAUAAUGAAACGAAAUUUUGCAAGUUCCACUGCUGAAGUUAAAGCUCUGAGUGGUUUUCGAGUCUUUGUGUUCUCCACCCACUGAUUCCAUUGUACCCUCUCUCUAUAUAUUUAUACUAUACUAUACAGAGAGUUAUAGAGAUUAUUAUACAGAUAUAUGCAUAGAGAGUGUUGAUAAAAAAAAAUGCAUAGAGAGUAAGCGGGUCUUUACUACUACUACUACUACUGUAUUUCUGCUAUACAACUUCAUGGCGAUUUUUGAGGAUAUGGGAAAGAAUCAAUGGGGGCUGUUUUGUUCUCUCAGGUCCAUUGAAACUAUAACCCACUAAGUCUCAAAAGCAAAAGAAAACAAAAACAAACGGAUCAAUUUUUCUUUAUUAUUUUCCUGUUUUUGUUUCUUUCUUCUUCCUUCGCUCUCAAGCACAACGUUUUAUGUUUUUUUUUUGAGCAACACACAACGUUUUAUGUUACACUGAGGAAGACAGUGCAAGAAAGUCGCGAGUGAAAAAAAUCUUUUUUUUUCUUCUCUGCUUCAAAUAAAGCUCUCGUCUUUCCAAAGAUUAUGUAACUUUCUUGAUUUUUUCAGUGAAUUAUGCUGAAGAAGAGAUCGAGAAGCAAGCAAACAUUAAUGGCGAAUACGAACCAGAAACAGAGUAAAACGACGCCGUUCCCACGGCUAUUCACAGCUUUCACCAGCUUCAAAAGCUUCACUGAAAACGACGCCGUCUCCAGCCCAACCUCUAUCCUCGACACCAAACCUCUCUCUGUUUUGAAAAACCCUUUCGGACCCGACAGCCUGAAAACCCACGAACCCGAGAUCCGGCUCAAGCUCGAACCCAAAAGAAUCGGACUCGCCCUUGUCGAUACUCUCAUCAAAGAAGAACCCGGACUCUCCCGACCAAGAUCCAGCUCCAUUCUAUUCGGGUCACAGAUCCGGAUCCGGGUCCCGGACUAUCCACGAUCCUCGGCGGAUUUCGGGACCAAAACAAAAAAUUCUCCGACCUCCCCUCCGCCGGAAGAGACGAAGAUAUCGGUCCCCGGGUCGGGUCUCGGGUCGGCCCGAAUCUUCACGGGAUAUUUCUCGACCAGCGAUAUGGAACUAUCGGAGGACUACACGUGCGUGACGUGUCAUGGGCCUAACCCGAGAACGAUCCAUAUAUUCGACAACUGCAUCGUUGAGAGCAAACCCGGCGUCGUUUUCUUCCGGAGGUCCGACCCGGUUCACGAAUCGUAUCAUUUACCACCCGACAGCUUUCUCAGUACCUGCUGUAACUGUAAGAAGAAUCUUGGCCCUCGUGAUGACAUUUUCAUAUAUAGGGGAGACAGAGCUUUCUGUAGCAGCGAAUGCAGGUCUCUGGAGAUGAUGUCGGAGGAAAAUGACUUUUAGAAAAAUAAGCUUUUUUGAGAUUAUAAAAUGUUAUGAUAAUGACUAAAAUAAAUAAGUGUAGUAUUAAGAUGAAAAUGUUAGAUAAUAAAUUUUGCUUAGUUGCUUUUUUGCUCGAGGCAGAGUUGGUAUCUAUGUGUAUUAUGUGUCUACAUGCAUAAUCAUUUACUUAAUCUUUUACUUUACUUUUAAAUCCUUUAUCAAAAAAAAUAUUUUACUUUUUA